AUGGACAGUUUAACUGCAGUCCAUUGCCUUCAUUUCUUAACACUUGCAGCUUUAUUUUUGAGCAUCUCUGCUGCUGCUGUCACCACCCCAAACAACACAUCACCACCUCAGACGUUGGUCAUGAAGCUUAUUCACCAUGAUUCUAUUCUGUCACCUUUCCAUAAUUCCACAGGGAGUGUUUCUGAUCGUGCAGAACGUCUCAUGAGGAAUGCAAUCGCUCGUUCUAUGUUCCUGGAUUCCAAGGCCAGUGUCCAAACCAAUCUUAUUCUCGACAGCAAAUAUAGUAUAUUCAGCGUGAGCUUUUUUGUAGGCCAGCCUCCAGUUCCACAGUUUGCAAUUCUGGACACUGGCAGCUACCUGUUAUGGAUUCAAUGCGAGCCAUGCCAGAAAUGUUUUCAACAGUCAUAUCCUAUAUUUGACCCUUCAAAGUCUUCCACUUAUAAGGAGUUUUCUUGCAACGAUCCUCUUUGUAUACAGUUCGGUAAUGCGAGAUGCGACUCUCAACAAAGAUGUGGCUAUGGCAUGGAAUAUAUGGAUAACAGUAAAACUGAAGGAACUUUGGCCUUGGAACAACUCAGCUUCCAAGCAACUGACUGA